AUGCCUUCCAUAUUUCCCAAGCAAGACACCCUUGCCAGCACCUUUGGCACAAAACAUCCACUGUUUGGCUCCCAUGGAGAGGCGCAGAUGCCAACUGCCAAUCCGAUGGAUAGGCCUUUGUUCCCAGCAUGGAGUGCCAUUGAUGAUGUCAAGCAUAAGGCAGAGGCCGUGGGCAAAUCGGCCACCAAAGAAUUCGACAAGGCUAGCGCAAAGGUCCAGUCAAAAACGGGUCACAUCGAAAUGCACAGCGCGAAGUAUUACGCUUCGUGUACCUUUGGAGGUUUACUGGCUUGCGGCGUUACACAUACUUUUGUCACUCCUCUGGACUUGGUGAAAUGCCGUCGCCAAGUUGAUCCCAAUAUGUAUAAGGGUAAUUUCGAGGCUUGGGGGAAGAUUGGCCGAGCAGAAGGCGUGCGCGGCAUCUUCACUGGCUGGAGUCCCACUUUCUUCGGAUAUUCCGCUCAAGGCGCGUUCAAAUACGGUGGAUAUGAAUUCUUCAAGAAAUUCUACAGUGACCUUCUAGGAGAGGAAAAAGCUGUCCGCUGGAGGACAUCAGUAUAUUUGACUGCCAGCGCUUCUGCAGAAUUCCUAGCAGAUAUUGCACUUUGUCCAUUCGAAGCUGUAAAAGUGCGAAUGCAGACGACAAUCCCACCGUUUGCAACCGGAACCUUUUCCGCAAUUUCUCACGUCACCGCAAAGGAAGGCGUUGGAGGACUGUUUAAGGGGCUAUAUCCACUUUGGGGGCGUCAAAUUCCUUACACCAUGAUGAAAUUCGCUUCCUUCGAAACGAUCGUGGAAAUGAUUUAUAACCGUCUUCCAGGACAGAAGUCCGACUACAACAAAGGUGCACAAACAACCGUCGCGUUUACUGGUGGCUACUUGGCUGGUAUUCUCUGCGCUAUUGUGUCGCACCCAGCAGACGUCAUGGUCAGCAAACUGAACGCCAAUCGCUUGCCCGGUGAAGCGUUCGGCGCAGCUAUGGGCCGAAUCUACAAGGAUAUUGGAUUUGUGGGCCUUUGGAACGGCCUACCGGUUAGAAUUGUCAUGAUUGGCACAUUGACCGGUCUCCAAUGGAUGAUUUACGACUCCUUCAAGAUUUUCAUGGGGCUGCCAACAACUGGUGGGCCAGCUCAAGCGAAACAAACCAACUAG